CGUGACUUUUAGGGAAGAAAAGGUGUUUGGAGAGAUAUGGGGAGAAGCAUAUUUUCCUUUUUCACUAAGAAGAAAAAAAUGGCGAUGGCGAGAAGCAUCUCUUACAUCACCUCUACUCAGCUUCUCCCUCUUCAUCGUCGUCCCAACAUCGCCAUCAUCGAUGUCAGGGAUGAAGAGAGGAAUUAUGACGGGCAUAUAGCUGGAUCGCUACACUAUGCGAGUGGCUCGUUUGAUGACAAGAUCUCACAUCUUGUUCAAAAUGUCAAGGACAAAGACACACUUGUCUUCCAUUGUGCCUUGAGCCAGGUGUGUGUUUUACACUCUUUUCACUUCCCCAUAAGAUCUUCUUUUCCUCUUUUUUGAGAAACAACACAUAGGUUAGAUAAGCGGCAUCAAUUGGCUAUUCGUAGAAGGAGAUGUACAUCUCUAUGUUAUACAUAGUUGAUUCAUGUUUCAUAGGUUAGAUAAGUGGCAUCAAUUGGGUUUUCUUAGAAGAUUUAUAUCUCUUAUGGUCUACAAUAGGUCCUUCAUGUGUCAAAAAGUGGAUUCGAGGUCGCAAAAUCCAAGUGUUUUCCGAUAAGUUUGCCUACUAGUCCAUAUAUUCUUAUGUUCGUGGCCCUACUUGUGCGAGAAGGCUCGUGAAUUAUCUUGAUGAGAAGAAAGAAGAUACUGGAAUCAAAAACAUCAUGAUCUUGGAACGCGGCUUUAACGGUUGGGAAGCUUCUGGAAAACCGGUCUGCCGCUGUGCAGAGGUUCCUUGCAAGGGCGAUUGCGCCUAAACCCUACUAAACCAUAUUGGGACCUAAUUGAUGUUCCACAUUGUCAUGUACUAAAGUUGAAUGAAGAUUAUCAUAAAUAAUCUCUUAUCAGUAUGUUUGGUUUACAUGGAGCACAAACACCAAACUUGCAACAACAAUACUAAAAGGGCUUUUAUGGUAUUGCACGUUUGUGGAGCGUCAAAGCCACGUUGAUAUCUUAACGCCGUCAAAAUAAUAAUGGAUUUUUC